AUGAAUCAAGCUCGUUUGGGGGCAUCUAGGGGUCAAGGGAUGGGCUGGCGCCAUUACGAUGAGCAGUUUAGACUUAAAAAGGCUAUCUACCCCUCUAGUUCAUGGGCGGUGAUUGACACCGAGUUCUGGUUACUGUACCUGGGCGGUGGGGCUCUCAGCACCACACACAGUGCUAGUCAGAGUCAGGUGGUCACGGUUCAUGGCACUGGCCCCACAGGCGGACCAGCUUCCUCAGAAUGUUCCCGACAAAUUUGUGCAGUUGAUCUCGAGGCUGAAGCUAAACUUGCUGAGACGUUUGACUGUUCAGGCCGCCAUGACGGAUUGUAUGAAGUUGGGUGUCGCGUGUUUACCAAGUGCACUUCGGGAACUUUAACGAAGGUGGAAUGUCGGUCACCGGAAGUCGUCAAUAUAGAUACCGGAAGCUGCGACAAUCCUCGGGAUGUAAACGAUCCUUGCGGCACAUACAGAGAUUGCCAAAGUAAAGACGACGGAAAAUAUCCGGACCUUGAGAGGAACUGCCAGUAUUACUUCACGUGUGCUAAUGGAAGGUUCAUGGGACACAACCCAUGCCCUACAGGUCUUAUAUUCAACAAGGACCUACAGGUUUGUGACUGGUUUCAGCACGUGAAAAGUCCGUGCGGCAUCCAGCCCGACAACUCUCCUUAAUCUGUAACCCCGUAUCAACAUUCCGAAAUACCAUUUACCUCUGUACAUGUAUGGACCGGGAAUGAUAACCCUACUCCUAUUAGCUUGUUGUGAGUUUACUUUCAAAAACACUGAUAACUUAUCUUGAAACAACAAAGGUUCAAAAUCUGUUUUCAUGUUGAUAAAUUUAACUGGAUGUGGUAUGCAUGGUUCAGAUACCAAAUAAAAUG